AUGGAGAAUCUACCUGGCAAAACGGAACUACAGCGCUUGGAAGAGGAGAGAGACUCUAUUCAAGCAUGCUUAGCUGUUUGCAAAGCUGCCCGCAUACAUGUAGAUCAAGCUUUCGAACGCAACAAAGAUCCUCAAACGAGUACUGAGGAUGUCUCCCUCAUCGACGUCGAAAAGUUCAACCCCAAACCAAAGGACCCAAUGGAGAGGAGGACACUAAGGAGAGCUGCGGAAAUUCCGCAGCAGAUUUGCAAGGAGAUUCGCAUGAGGAGUCAUUCAUUAUGGUGGAGAAGCCCGACGAGGGGGAUCCGGAUAGGGAAUUAUGAGCUCAGUAUCGCUACAGAAGCCGGAUGCACCGCUAUGUAUUAG